AUGGCCAGCCCACCGCACGCUGCCGUCUGCCGCCUCACGUCCACCACCCGUUUGAACCCCCACCGUCCGGCCAAUCCCGCAACGCGUUCGGUGCACGUGGCGAGAGCUGAGGGCGGCCGAGGCGCGGUGAGCGUAACGACGACGGUAGCGGAUAUUCAGGCGGAGAUCGCGGAGCUCGAGGACGAGCUAGAAACGACGUUUGGGCGCGUGGAGGCGGCGUGGCGGCGCUACCACCGGCUGAGGGCGGCACUGGAGCGACUGGACGAGGCGGCAGCGAGGGAGAGGGGCAGGGCGGCGGGGCAGAGGGGAGGGCGUGCUACUGCCGCCGGUGCUAAUAGCAGUGGCAGUGGCGACGGCGGUGGUGCUGUGCUGUCGACGCUAGAACGACUGGGCGUGGAGCGACAGCGAGUGCUGCAUGCGCUGACACGUGCUGAGGCCCGCGCUGGCGUGCUGGAGCGACUCGUGCGCAGCCUAGCGCAGGCCAUUGCAAUGCGCGAGCGCCGCCUUCUCGGCUCGGCAUCAGUGACCCGCACCCCAUCCACAGCAGCCCUGCAGCGGCCGAGGCUGCCCGCAGCACGGGGCAGCAGCAAGUGGAGUGCAGCAGCAAGGGGCCGCGGGCAGGGGAGUGAAGCGCAGCAGCGGCAGCAGCGAGCACAGGGGCGGCGGGAGAGGAUCCUGGGGAUGUACCUGGGGGAGGUGCAGGGGCUGCAGGAGGAGGUGCAGCGCAAGGUGGCUCUGCUGGAAGAGGUGCUGCUCGCACGCGAGGGGGAGGCGAGGAGGGAUGAGCGCUUUGAGGCGCGUCCACGUGGGAGUGGCAGUGCAGGGAGGGAGGCGGCAGGGCAAGCGGUCGGGAGUGGUGAGCGGAGAUGGAGUGAUGCUGUGAGUGGAGCGAGGGAAGGUGGGCACGGGGAUGGGGGAGAGAAUAAGGGGCAGCAGAGCAAGGCAGACGGGCAGAAUGGGGUUGAUCAAGGCGGGUGGGGGAGCAGUGGGGAGGAAGGAACGGGUGAAGAAAGGGUUAAGUUGCAACAGGCAAGGCAGCUGCUGGUGCAGCUACAGGCACUCGAGAAGAGCUUACAUUCCAAACUUGAUCGAUGA